CGCUGCACGGAGAAGAAGAAGAAGAAGAAACGCGGAAGUGUUUGGAGCCACUGACCCGCUGCAGCAGCGGAUUAUUGAUUACCAUCAGACGCUCUGCAGAAUUUCCUCCAAAAUGGCCGACCUCUGGCAGAACGCCAUGGACCACGCCGUCACCAUCGCACGCCAUGCCGGGGAGGUGGUGCGGGAGGCUCUGCAGGAUGACGGGAAGAAGACGGUGAUGACGAAGAGUUCGUCGGUGGAUUUGGUGACACAGACCGAUCAGAAGGUGGAGCAACUCAUCAUCCAAUCAGUGAAGGAGAAAUUUCCAACGCACAGCUUCAUAGGGGAGGAGUCAGUAGCUGCAGGUGAAUCUUGCGUUCUGACCGACGGUCCCACCUGGAUCAUCGACCCGAUUGACGGGACGACCAACUUUGUUCACGCAUUUCCUUUUGUCGCCGUUUCCAUCGGGUUCUCCGUCAGUAAACAGAUGGAGUUCGGCGUGGUCUACAGCUGUCUGGAGGAUAAGAUGUACACGGCGAGGAGGGGGAGGGGAGCUUUUUGUAACGGGGAGCCGCUGCAGGUAUCGGAUCAGGAAGACAUCAGACAGUCGAUCAUCGCCACAGAGUUCGGAUCCAGCAGAGACCCUGAGGCUAUUAACAAGAUCUUCUCCAGCCUGAGGAGCAUCCUGUGCAUCCCCGUACACGGCGUGCGCGGCGCAGGAACUGCAGCCAUCAACAUGUGUCUGGUGGCGAGUGGCUGUGUUGAAGCGUAUUAUGAGAUCGGGAUCCAUGUUUGGGACGUCGCUGCCGGGUCGCUGAUCGUCUCCGAGGCCGGAGGAGUCCUGAUGGACGUGGAAGGUGGACCGGUGGACAUGAUGUCCAGGAGAAUCGUCGCUGCCAACAGCAGAACCAUCGCUGAGCGGAUCGUUAAAGAGAUCGACGCCUUCAGUCCGCCCAGAGACGACGCUGCGCCACCCAAUCAGUGACGAGCUGCAGAUUGUAUUUGUUCAGUCUUAAGAUGUUUCAUUUAGUCUGUGAUAAAGUUUGUCAUAAAAACAAA